AUGUUUUUCUCCGGGCUCAGUUCAUUCGAGGAUUGCGUAAUGAUUGGUUGCGCGAACAGGUGCUACAAUCAGAUUUAAUAACUUUCGAUGAUGUCUUAUCAAAGGCGAUUGAUUUGGAGGCCUCCAAAAUCAAAAGUAAAGAACUCACUCAAAAAGGUUCUCCACGCUCUACUUCUUGCGCUUUAAGUGACAAUAAUAAAGUUUCAAAUUUCUCAGCACGUCAUAGAAAUCGUUCCAGUUCACGAUCUAGUUCUCAACGCCAGAAACCAGAUUAUAGAGCCCUUGGUAUUGAAAAUCUAUGCAUCAGAUGUGGCAGAAAUAAUCACCAAGUCAAAGAUUGUCGAAUUAAUAAAACUAAACUAAAAUGUGAUUCAUGCAAAAAAGUAGGUCAUGUUAGUAAAGUCUGCAUUUCAACUUUAAUUAAGAUGCCACGAAAGUCAAUGAAUUCCAGUCCCAGACCUUCUCUUCAUGCUGUUUCAACUGAAGUACAUGAUCAAAAUAUUACAUUUGGUGUCAACUCUAUUCACAGCUCUUCACCAUGCUAUAAAGUUAUAAAUUUAUUUGAAGUUUGCCAUGACUCUGACAAAUAUAUCGUCUCUGUAUACCUCAAUGGAAAGCUACAACAUUUCGAAGUAGAUUCUGGAGAAAAGUUUUCCCUACUUUCAGAAACUGAUUUUGAACGUUUAAAUUUAAAUGCGCCCUUGGAAAAAUCAAACAUUGCUUUUCGCGAACUUCAUAUUGUUCCAGCUGGAUGUGCCGCUAUUCUAGGCCGUCAAUGGAUUCGAGCCUUAGAAAUNGGGAAAGUGCAUGUAAAUGUUGCAUUUCAAAACAAAAACAUUACAGGUGAACUUCAUAUUGUUCCAGCUGGAUGUGCAGCUAUUCUAGGCUGUCAAUGGAUUCGAGCCUUAGAAAUCGAACUUUUACAAAUAGAUGCUAAUAUAUCAAACACUUCAAUUCAUAAAUCACCAGUGUAUCAAAUCAUUCCUCUCAAUUCACUUUUGGAAAAAUUUUCACACCUCUUUGAAGAACGAGUUGGAUGCGUCCCUCAUUUUCAA